AUGAGUGGCCUUGAAAUCGCAGGCGUUCUCCUCGGCACCUUCCCCUUGAUCAUAUCGGGCUUAGAGCACUGGCGUGGUGCUGCAAAAGUUGGUGGUUUCUUCUGGCGGGUGCGAAAGGAACACACGAAAUGCUGCAGGGAUGUUCAAUAUCAUGAAAUCCUGUACAGGCGUAAUUUGAAAGAGCUUCUACUGCCGAUUGUGAACGAUGCAGAUGAGGUGGCUCGUCUGGUCGGUGACCCAGGUGGUAAAGGUUGGACAAGCAAGCCUAUGCAGGAACGCCUGGAGGAAAGGCUCCAAGAAUCAUACGGCCUGUACAUGGAAAUAAUUCGCCAAAUGACUGAGACAGCUGACGAGUUGAGGAGAGAGCUUUGUCUCGAUAAUACGAACGUACAAAGCAAGUUAGCUCCGCCAGAGCCGCAGAAACAACGGAGACCUUCAAGCCCACAGCCGCCGAGCAAGUCUUCUAAACUUGCUUCAACAAAAACAAAAUGGGACUAUGAGACAUUUCGGAUCAAGUUCAGCUUCAACGAUCCAGUGCGAAGUGAGCUUUUCGAACAGUUGAGGGAUUGCAAUGGGCGUUUGGAGAAGCUCCUCGGCACGAGCGACAAGAUUUCCACGCUCGAGAACGCCGCUACUUCGAACCCCAAACAUGUUUACGUGCUAGAAACGGCAUUUAAGAAGGCGCGGGAAAACUCAGAUCACCUCUUCAAGGCCAUCCAAAGGGCAUGGCAGUGCUCUUGUCAACAGUACCAUUAUGCCAACCUUCGACUAGAGCAUCGCAGACUUCCAGAAAUAUGUUUCGAACUCAUUCUUAUGUUCGUCGCCCCAUCGGCUGAAGCGAAUAUUCCAUGGUCAUGGAGGGAGUUGCAGUGUGGACAAACGAUUGACUGCGCCUUUCCACAAAAGCUCAUUGAGCCCCCCAACGCGCUUCAAUUAUCAGGUUUUCCGUCUGAUCGUACUCCAACACCGGAAUUAACACCGCCAUACGCAAUGCGAAAGAAGGUUAUGUUCACAACAUGCAGCCCAUCUGUACCCAAGAUUGAGUUAGACAUUCCAGUCAGGCCAAAUCUUCAGCUGUGUGAGCUUCUGGGUAGCCAAGAGGGCAAUCCAUGCAUUGGCAUGGUCCGCCAUGCUGACGAGGAAUACCACCUCCACCCUUCAUUGAAGAGGAGACAACCUAAAGACAGUGGACCACUAACACUGGAUCGUAUCCUCUCUAGCGACUACGAAGCGCACCUCACCAGACGUCAAAGCUACUCUAUCGCUCUACUUCUCGCUUCUUCGGUCGCCCAGCUCCAAUUUACUCCAUGGCUGAAAACUGGUCUCACAAAAAAAGAAGUUCUAUUCUUUCCAUGCGAGAACGACGACUGCAGCGUAUCAAACUACGAGCCCUUCAUCUGCCGCGGCUUUCCACUCUCUCAUCAAACGAGCGGUAAUGCGGACACCAAAGACUGUAACUUCUACUCACUUGGGAUACUCCUCCUAGAGCUUUGCUUUCGUCAACGACUAGAAGACCAUCCUCUUCGUCAAAGGUAUCCAGUUGGAGCUGGAGAAGAAAAGGAAGCCUUCGAUCUGGUAGCCGCGCUGAAGUGGUCACAAAGCGUGUGUGAUGAAGCUGGUGUUGAUUAUGCUUCCGCUGUAAAGUGGUGCUUCACGGGCACGAAUAACGCAGAUAAAUUCUGGCGCAGCGAGAUGAUCAAGAACGUUGUAUGGCCACUGGAGAUGUGUCAAGAAUAUUUCAAGAUUGCAACUGUGUCCUAA